GUAAGAACUUAAGGACUUUAAUUUUCUUGCACAAAAUGUUAAUCACCUGUGUUUUUAAGUUAAUUAUACGGGAUCAUUUUCCUUUUGAAACGCACGUGGGUUAUCUAGGUUCCUUAGAGUCAAAGAAGCCAAUCUGGUUUUUAAAAUAAACAUUUCUUUUCUUCAGUUAGCACAAAGAAAAUCCAGCCAAAAGUGAUAGGAGCGAGCGAUUUCUUUCUGCUGCAGUUUCGUUCUCAGAAUUCAAGAAUAGUGCAAACGGAGUCGAGAUCAUAUAUAUUUAAUAGCGUAGCUUUUAGCACAAUAAGUAUUAGCUUUUAAGUUAGAGCCGACCCUGCUGGUUUCUCAUGAAAUCAAGUCCACUGAACAAGUAUAUUAAACUCUAAACCGCAAUUAUUCAAAUGACUCCCGAUGACGAACAACGAAAACCACUUUUUAAGUGUUUUCCUUGUCCAAGUUUUACACCCGCGGAGUCAUGUAAUCAUUUCCAUUUUUGAACUUUUGAUUUGAAUUUCCUUGCCUUUGUCUCGACCUGUUAAUCUCGCUCUCGCUUUCUGUGGCGUGGAGAUUCCGUUAUACAUAACGGCCUGGUAUAUAUGGCUGGUCUUCAAUUUCCAUUCCAUUUGCCGCACCCUAAUGCAAUAACAUUACUUAUUUUUCUCAUUAAACUUUAGACUCUUUCAUAAUACUGCCAGGACCACUUAAAUUAUAAUCUGUCUUGCACGGAACCAAAAUACGAAUAUGUGAAUUUAUUGUAAAGUAAUGAAACAAAUUGUGCGAGAUUACUUUCACUAGCAUGGGGCAAGGCAUGAGUUUGACUACUUUAAGCAAUUUACCACCCAUGUGGCCUAACCGAGCAGAAAUGUCGAUUAUUAAAGUCGAAUUUUCGUGAUUGUCCAAGACGCUGGCUUAAAAAAAGUGUUUUUUUUUUUUUUGCAAGGUGUACGUUUUGGAGUCGUCAAGAAUUUUGACGCUGCCCUGGGCGAAAAAUUCGAGCACACGUGUCUUAAGAAAUAACGAAGACAAACUAUAAUUGGACGACCCGCGCGCUAAGCGAGCGCUCGGUUUUGUCUAAUCUUCCAUUCAUCAAAGUGAAGACCACGGGAAGUCAAUUUUGUAAGAUCACGGAAACAAAAAGUAUCACAUUCGUAGUAUUAUUUCAUGUAUCAUAAUAACAAGUCAAAAUAUAAAUACAAGAGAAGGAAAUCAGUUUCUCCUUAAUAUAAUUAGUGGGACUGCAUGUCGCGAUCACUAACGGGCAACAAUUAUCUGUUUUUUUGACGUUAAUAGCGAGUCACGACUUAGUUAAUUGAUGUAGCUGGAUUUAGAACAGGGGUCGUCGUUUUGUGUCUUGGCCUUGGAUUGAAGGGAAAUGAUACUCUUCUUCAGUUUACGAUGUUCUAAUCACGUAGUUAAAUAUAUCUUCGUGAAUUAAAUGUUAUUAUGAUGUUCUGUACGCCUCCCGCCGAGCCGCCACUAGGCCAUAGGAUCCUUGAUAUUAGUUUAAUUAAUGUUUAACAUCGAAACUACGAUUUUUUAGGGUUUUGUCUUCAUCAUAUGUCUUCGCCAGACUGCGCACGAAACAUGGUUGUUUAUGUUGAAGGGUCGUACUUUUAAGCCGUCAUGGCGACUCACAUCAUGAAUAGCCGUUAGCGUGUUAGAACGGUCAUUAAAGUUAACCGUCUUGAAGAGAUUUAUUUUCGGUUGAGUUAAUUACUGAGCCGUAGGUCACUCGAUCACGUAGUUUGACGUUACGUUUUGCGGGAAAACCACCUGGUCGUGGCCACCUUGUGCACCACUCGCCUUCCCUCGAGUUUCACCAGCAUCGGUCAUACCCAGCGUAAAGGACUCUUUUUUGCACCCGGUCUAAUACAAACAGCUAGCCGCCAAAGCUGUAUUAAUGCUCGCGUGUCGCAACAUAACGCUAUUGGGCAUAUCACUUGGUUUCCCGUAGGUGAUCUUUGAGCACAUAGUGGAUGUGGGUCAGAUGGAAAUACAAAUCACAUGUUCAGCUUUCCUAAGAAAUCUGUUGAUUUAAUACUGUGUAAACCUUGUUAAAGCCCUAACGGUCUGUCCUGAGUAAUUUGCUAUGAAAAAUACUUCGCGUGAUCGCGCGCUUCGGUGGUGAUGCGUGAAAAAAAUUACUUUUAUUUGUUGUGGGAGAACUGUUUCUAUUAGUAUCAUUAAUAGACUGGAGUCAUCGAUAAGGCUAUUUAUCUUCCUAAGGACUGUCCUCACGUAAAGAAAACGUUUAUACAUUCACUAUCGUCACAGACAUGAUAGCUUCCGAUAAGGCACCAUCUUGUGAAAUAGACGAGGAAUAUGCCUCUUUCUAUCAAAACAAGGUCGUUUUUAGAUCAAUCUUUGACCACGCUGUGAGAGUAUUUCGCCAGCUUAAAAAUAGUCUUAAGUUAAUGAGAUUCUUCACCACUCUAUAAUUACCGAAUUUUUUUUUAGCUUAGACGUUUUCAAGAAUGUCAGAAUGAGGCCGUACCCGCAAGGAAAUUGAAGAACGAAUGGCAAGCAAUUCACUAAUUCGUUCUUGAUUUGCCCAGCGCGUUCUCAGUCGUGCAUGUGUACUCUUAUCGUAGUCAAGUCUUUACGGCAAUUUAGCUAAUCCCGUUGAAAUGCUUGUAACGGCUUAAAAGAAGGAGAAAUUUGGUUGAUAAUACAGUGGGCGUAUCGAUUCUUAAAUGUUAAUUCAAACAAGCCCAUUGGCACACCGGCUCGAGUCAUUAGUACCAGCUAUGACAUUUGAUUUAAAAGGGUCCCUUAUUGUUCUUUAUUGGAGUAUAUUACUGCUCCCAGUGGGAUACAGCGUGCAAAUGGGAAAGCUUCUAGAUACGAUGGAUGCUUAACAACAUUAAACCUUUUGUUGUUUAACAUUACGGGCCAUUGUCCCCGUACAAAGGGCUUGAUAAGCUGAAGGGCUGAUUGAAUUGCAUAAUCCUCUGGCUGAAUAGCAAGCGGAGCUCUAUUAUGUCCUAUCAUUUACAUAUGACAGUAAAAGCAAUUAGGAGCGUAACAAGUGGUAGUUAGUUGUAAUAGAACGGCUUGAUAUUGUGUUCGAUAUUUUGUCUAAUUCCCAGUCUGUUUGUAUAGUCAUUGUUUAGAAGCAAACCCCCCGAGCUGGGGCUUUUAUCUCCAGGUAGCAUAGCACGCCCAAAAAACAUUUGCCUAUUGUUAGCGACUGAGUAAAGUGAACGGCUCGCAAGUUAAUCAGCAAACGUUAUCUGAAACGAUACUCUGCCACUACUGCCGUUCAGAGGUUCUCGAGAGUGAAAUAGAUCCCAUAUCAGGCGAGAGACUUUACCACACCCCUGCGUUUAGCCUUAAUAGUCGACCAGCAAGAAGAAGAACCCGUACACAACCGGCGUGAUGUUUGCCCCACUUCCAGCCUUGAGCUUCACGCCGCAGCAGAUCGCACAGGUCUGCGAAACUCUGGAGGAAAGCGGUGACAUCGAGCGGUUGGCCAGAUUUCUGUGGUCCUUGCCAGUGGCCCCUGGGACGCUAGAAGCCUUGAGCAAACAUGAAAGCGUGCUCCGAGCGCGAGCCAUUGUGGCGUUUCACAUGGGAAAUUUCCGGGACUUGUACCACAUAUUGGAGACGCAUCGCUUCGGCAAAGAUUCGCAUGCUAAGCUGCAAGCGAUGUGGUUAGAAGCUCAUUACCAAGAGGCUGAGAGACUUCGAGGGAGACCCUUAGGACCUGUCGAUAAAUAUCGCGUUCGUAAGAAGUUCCCUCUUCCCAGGACAAUUUGGGACGGAGAGCAGAAAACGCACUGUUUCAAGGAGAGAACAAGAAGCUUACUUCGCGAGUGGUAUCUUCAGGAUCCCUACCCAAAUCCGACAAAGAAGCGGGAACUGGCGCAAGCCACCGGCCUCACACCGACACAAGUUGGUAACUGGUUUAAAAAUAGACGGCAAAGAGAUCGUGCUGCUGCAGCUAAAAACAGAAUGAAUCAACAGCAAGGUCAACACCUAUCGCAGUGCAAGGGAAGUUUUUCUCCAGAGGGAAAAGCUAUGGAAGACUUUCGCGGGCUAAAAAAUUCACCAAUUUCCAGUUCAACAGACGACCUACGCAAAGGCGAGUGAAUCUCAGAAGAAAAAUUUAAAAACAACGCUUUCGAACAAUCAAAGAGAGAAGCAGAGGACGACUGACUACAAGAAAAGAAAAAGAAAUAACGAACGCUGUGGAUGGCAGAUAUUUAAUAUUGGUUUGUGGAGCCAAAACGAAGCGCAACACUCUCUUAAAAAAUAAUACAUGCAAGAGGAACACUUGAAAAAGCUACAUAAAGUUUAUUGCCGAAUUUUGAAUUGUUGUACAGAGAAAUAUCGUUGUAAAUGUUCAAAUAUAUAAAUAUAAUAUGCGAUGGGCGCAGUUCUUGUAACAUAAAAUCUCUUCGUACCGGGCUACUAGAUGUUGGAUGACUUGAAAAAAAAAAAAAA